AAAACCUGCAGCCAUCUCCUCCGCGCACCGGAUUCCAUCCACUCUAAUCUCUCCAAUCUCUCAUGGCGACGGCCACCGCGAGUCGGCCCAGCGGCCCGGUCCCGUCGAUCCCCAGCUACCGCUCCGCCUCGCCCACCCGCGUCAACCUCCCCGCCCGCUCGCCAGGCAAGUCCGUCAGCGUCUCGUCCCCGUCCUCCACCAGGAGCCGUCGAUCCUCCUGCAUGUGCUCCCCGACGAACCACCCGGGCUCCUUCCGCUGCAGCCUCCACAAGGAGCGCAAGCAGGCGGCCCCCGCCGGCAGCAGCAACAGCAGCAGGCCGGCCUCCCCGCCUUCGCCGCCGUCCACCUCGAAGAGCACGGGCGGCGCUCUGGCGUGGCUCGUCCCCAUGGGGAGCGGGCACUGGGCACGCAGGGCGCUCGCGCCGUCCCCCGCGGCGCAGCAGUCGCUGCAGCACCGGAGGCGCGCGGGCGGGUUCCGCCCCCGGCCCAGCCGGCUCUCCGCCGUGUCCACGGCCGGCGACAGCCAGUAAACUAAACGAACAGCGUCGACAUGCCGUAGCAAGAUAGUAGAGUACUAGUACUACAGUACAUAGGAAAGAAAUUGCCAGAAGAAUUGGAGUUCUUAGAACCAAUUCGAUUGAUGAGCCCGUCCGUAACUGUACAGAAUGCGUUUUUCCAGCAUGCAUGAAUGGCGUUAAUUGAGAUUCAAGAAGCAAAUCAA